CUCUCUAGACAACACAACAGAAGAAUCCUCCUAACCCUCUCUCUCUUUCUCUCUCUAAACCUGUAGACAAAGUCUUAUUCAAUAUAUAAUACAGAGAGAUGGAAAGCAAUUUGCCAGUACUAUCCAAGAGAGUGUGGAACAUGGUACGCCUUGUCUUCUUCAUGCUCCGAAAAGGCUUCAACAAACCAAAACUCUUGAUGGACCUCAGCCUCAUGCUCAAACGCCCCGGCAAGCUCGCCGGAAAAGCCAUUGCCGAUCUCAUCACCCACCACCAUCAUUGCCACCAUGGGAGCUCCACAGCCUCCGACGACACCCAUUUGCGGUUCUCCACCGCCCGCGAGUACGAGUUCAGCUGCAGCAACAAACCCAACUACAGCUUCUUCUCCAAACGUCAUCCCCGUCGCUUCUUCACCUGUGCUCACGCGCCGCUCACGCUGGACGAUGAUGUGGUGACGGUUAAUAAUGCUCUUCAGGUGGCGUUGGACAAGCUCGAUGACCAAAAAUGCAAACAUGCGGUGGACGCGUCGCCGGCACUUCCCGGGUUUGGACGGACCCCGACGGUGAGACAGUUGAGGGUGACGGACUCUCCGUUCCCGGUGCAAGACGGCAGCGAUGACGGGGACCACCGGGUUGACAAUGCGGCGGAGGAGUACAUAGAGAGGGUCUUCAAGGAGUUAAGGAAGCAGCAGGGUUAAUGAGCAACUUUGGAUUUGUUACUCGGGCUUAAAUGUUAAUUUUGAUUAAUUAACCGUAAAAUUAACAUCAAAGCAAAUUUGGAUAUAUGUUGAUGAUAAUCAUCCCAACCUCAAUUUUCACCUUUUGUGGGUUGGGGAUUUUGAUUUCGAAGUUGUUGUUUCUGACAGAUAUUUGUACUUUUAAUUGUUUUAUGCUCAAUAAAUAAAGAAAAAAUAAUCUGAAAUUUAUAUCAA